AUGGCUCGGAGAAACUUUUGCAAGGAAAUAAUUCUCUUCCUAGCAAUGGUUAGUUUAGAGUGCUCCAAAGUUGGCUUAAACGUAGUUUACAUAGAAGCUACUUUGAAAGGGAUGAGCAACUAUGUCUUCAUCUUCUAUGCUUCAGCUAUUGCCACCCUCGUUCUCCUCCCUUUUGCCUUUUUCUUUCGCAGGAGUGCUUCAACGGUGCUUCCAUCAGUCAAGUUCCCUCUCAUCUCCAGAAUAUUCUUGCUGGGUCUUAUCGGGUCUUCAGCUCAGCUAAUUGGCUAUAAGGGAAUAGCUUAUAGCUCUCCGACUCUUGCUUCAGCAAUGAGCAACCUCACUGCUGCUUUCACCUUCACACUUGCUGUCAUUUUCAGGAUGGAAAAGCUAAUUUUAAGGAAUGCAAGCACUCAAGCAAAAAUCAUUGGCACCAUAGUAUCAAUAUCAGGGGCACUGGUGGUGGUUCUUUAUAAAGGCCCAAUGCUUUUAUCUUCAUCUUCGACGCAUCCAGUUUCACUUCAAUGGUCUCUCGCCUCCUCACAAUCAAACUGGGUUAUCGGCGGCCUUUUGCUUGCUGUUGAAUACCUCCUUUCUUCGUUCUGGUACAUUAUCCAGACGGAAGUGAUUAAGAUGUACCCAUCGGAGUUAGAAGUAGUGCUCCUCUGCAACCUGAGCUCAACCAUCGUAUCUGCAAUAAUAUGUUUCAUGGCAGAAACAAAUUUGACUGCCUGGAGACUAAGUUAUGAUAUAGCACUAGUUGCGAUUAUAUACUCGGGAUUAUUGGGAUCAUCACUGGGCAGUGUUGUUCAUACAUGGGGCUUGCGCAUUAAGGGGCCAAUAUACGUUACAAGUUUCAAGCCAUUGUCAAUCGCCAUUGUAGCUGUUAUGGGCUUCAUUUUCCUCGGUGAUGCUCUCUAUCUUGGCAGCGUUGUUGGAGGAGUAAUAAUAUGUGUAGGAUUUUAUGGUGUAUUAUGGGGAAAGGCCAGUGAAGGGAAGAAUGAGGAGGACUCUAGUAUUGUUGCAAUUGAUAGUAAGAGUAAGACCCCUCUGUUGCAGAGCAUUAAAGCUGAAGAAACAAGAGAGGCCUAUUAAACUACAAAAAUAAUAUGUACAAAACUGAAAGAUAUAAUCAUGGUAUUUUAUGAAUUAAAAAAAUG